UCGGGUUGGUUUAUAAAAAGUGUACCACCUGUUCGGCAAUUGUGACGAGUGACUGGGAUUGUCAAGCAGCAGCGCAUCCAACCACCGACAGGAUGGCUGGUUCGUCCCCCGCUCGCCCAAACGGCAACCAGUGGGCAAGCCCUUCCUCGCGAUCAGUCAUAUCCGACAUUCUCGCUGGCGACCGCAAUUCCGAGGCCCGACAUAGACUUCUGAUUGAGGCUGCUAGGAGGGAACAUGAACGUGUGCGCGAGGAGGCCGAGAGGGUGUACCAGGAACACCUCUUGAGGCAAGAGCAGGAACGUCUGGUCGAGGAGCGGAAGAAAGAGGAGGAAAGGAUACGAGCAGAAGAACAGCUUGCUGCUGACCGAAGGAAGCUCAAUGCUCUCAAGGCGAAGAAGGUCGAAAUCCCGCCCGUCUUGCCCAACCCCGAGCCAGUAAAGGCACCACCUGCAGCCCCGAAGCCUGUCCCAACAGCAACUCCAUCACAACCACCCGCGACUCAAGUCAAUGGCAAUACACUCUUCGGAAAGAAACCCGAGAUCCAGCCAGCGUCUGCACCGGCUGCCCCGAAGCCUUUUGGAGGGUUCGGACAGACACCAACGAGUGCGCAACCUGUCACUGCUGUCCUGAAGCAAUCAACGCCUGCAGUCGCAGCCUCUUCUCAGCCUGCGAUCAGUAACUUGUUAGGGAACAAUACCCAGGUCAAUGGACUUACCACGUCUGCAACCGUUGCCAAACCACCCGCACCAGCGCCGGCGCAGCAAGGACCCGACCGUCUGACAGUCAUUCACAAAAACCUGAAAGAGCUGCGGAAGUCUAUGUUGGAGCAAGCAAUAGCGAAUCCGGCGCUCAAAGCCCGUAUGGGAGAUAUGCGUCGAGAGAUCAGGAAGUGUGUUGGACAACUCACGGGAGGCGGCGUAGGAGUCAACCGUCAACAGAAUAACAUGAUUGCUGCUCUAUUACGCGAGGCGCUCGAAAACCGCGUACAGUCUCAGCUCGUUGACCCGAACACCUUCCUCACCGAACCACGAGCCCCGGUCCAAGGGCCUACCAACAACGAUCCGCAGAUCCCGUCCUUGUUUAUCUAUCUACUGAACGUUUUCGCCAAGGCCACCAUCUCCCAGUUCAUCAACGAAGGCGGUCCGCGACCGGAGACAGCCGAUCCCGUGGGCGUCUGUAUUGCCGCCGUAUUUUCCGACCCGGCGUUCGCAUGGCGUGGGGCUUCCAUGAUUGACAUCCUUCUCGCCAAGUUCCGCGUCGUCUGUCCCGUCCUCUGGGGUUACAGGGGCAGCGAGAAGACAGAGCAAGGACGCGCCAGGAUAGGGUGGUGGAAGGAAAACGGAAGAUGGGUCACGGAACAGGUACAUUUUGACCGCAUGACGGGCCUCGGUGCUGGCUUUGCGGCGAUAUCGUUGCGAAACUUCGGCUCGUCCAAGAAGCAAAACCCAUACCCACCACGGCAUUACUGGGCGGCCAUGGCGAAGAUUGUCAACACCCCUUCGGCAGAAAUCUCAAACACCCAGUGUGUGGUUCUGAAAGCGAUGAUCCAGAACUAUGAGGAGAAGUUUAUCCACGCGUAUGGAACCGCUGCGCUUGCGGCAUUGAGGACCGCGCUCAUUGAGUUCCCUGCUCGGGCGCCGGUCAAGUCCAGUGCCGUCAAUUCGUUGCAGGUUGUCCAUGACCUGCUCAGGAAGAGUACUGGAGUUGUUCUUGGAUAAGUGGUCGUGUAAGGAGCCAGGGACAAGGCUUGUUGUCCCAUCACAAAUGAAGUCAUAUCAACGGCGUUCAGGAUUUGGUCAUUUGAGGUUGUCAGCAUCUUGGAAGGAUAACGUCUGUCAUAUGCCGGUUACAGAAGCUUGGUGUUCUAUCAGAAGAAGAAGAAGAAGAGGCGGGGCUUCCUAGCGUAUUUGACGCUUUCUGUUAUAUACCCAGCGUAUCUACAAUUGAGGAAGCGAAGCUCGUAGUGCGCAAACAGAAACAAAGUUCUAGCACAGUAGCGGUUAGAGAGAGCCAUAUAUCGGGCGCAGAAUUGAGCAUUUGGAUGUCUCAUACGAUGACGCUGACGA